CCGUAUGUGAAUCAUAGAACAACAGAGGUAUUAACGACGUAUUACUGAAAAACCUCAAGGACUUCCAAUCUAAUUUGUCAAAAAAUGUCUUUCCUCUGUCCAGAUCACCCGAUCAUCGAAGCCGAGUGUAGGUUCAACUAGUUUGCUUCUCUGCAAUCUCUCAUUCAAAGCUAUUGGAACCGAGAAGUUAACGCGAGAGAGAGAGAGAGAUUUCAAGAAUAUGCCUCCGAGGAGAGAACUCUGUAGAAAUUUUCAGCGUGGAAGUUGUCAGUAUGGUGAUCGGUGUAAGUUUCUUCAUGUAGCUCAACAACAACAACAGCCUAAACCUAAUGUUUUUGGAUAUGGUGCGCAAUCUACCACACCAUUUCAUCACUUAAAUUCACAACAGCAGCAGCAAAAGCCCAAUCCUUUUGGAUUUGGUGUUCACGGCAGCUCUCAGCCAAGAGUGCCCAAUGAUUUUGGAUCCAAACAGAACCAGUUCAAGCCUUUUGAAAAUAAGUGGACCCGUAAUGGUGGCUCGCAAGUGUCACGACAACCAGAUAAUCAGCCUCCGACAGCUAAUCAUAAAUGCACAGAUCCUGAGUCAUGCAAACAGCAAAUAGUUGAAGAUUUUCAGCAUGAGAGACCGCUUUGGAAGCUUACAUGUUAUGGCCACAAUAAGAGUUCUCCAUGUGACAUCAUUGGUGAUGUUAGCUACGAAGAGUUGAGAGCAGCAGCAUAUGAUGAUGCCAAGCGUGGAUUGUGCUUGCAGUCAAUUGUUGAGAGAGAAAGGAAUUUACUCAAUGCUACAUUGCUUGAAUUCGAAAACCUACUCCGUAAUCCUUAUGCAGUUCCACAAAAUCCUUCUAUUGCUACCCAAAGUGCUUUUCCUGGGGCCACUCCAAGUGUCUCUUCAAUGACUGCUCAAAAUAGCAACCCUCCUUCAGUUUCAAGUUUCAGUCAACUCGGUGCAUCACUUAAUAUGGGGUUUGGAAUGAGGCCUGCUACUCCUACAAAUAAUGCUUUUGGUUCCACUCAAAUUUCCAGUCAGACUACUAAUGUGUUUGAAACCAACAACUCGCCAUUUGGAAGUUCAGGUUCAUUUGGCGGUCAACUUCGUAACCAGUCAUUUGGAAGUUCCUUUGCCUCCAACGCUGCAAGCUUCAGCAACAGUGCCGUUAAUGCUGAACGAAACCCAUUUUUUACUUCGGCAGUGUCACCACAAGUUCCAAGUUCAGCAAGUUUCCAGUCAUCCAUACUUCCGAAUGGGCCAAACUCUGCCUCUACUGCAGUUGAACAAUUAUCUGUGAAUGUGGACACAAUUGAUAAUAUGACAAGGAAGAAUGGUGCAGUGGAUGAUGCCAUCUGGUUGAAAGAGGAAUGGAAUCCUGGAGAGAUUCCAGAAGAAGCACCUCUGGACAAAUACAUAUUCUAGGGUUAUUUUAGAAUUAGGCAUGCAAAUGGUUGAAAUAUGAACACAUUCAGAUUGGUAAUCACUGUCAGCAGAAAUCUAACCUCGGCUUCAUGGGGGGUGGUUAAUUUUCAAAAGAAGAUGGUGACCAUGUUGUGCAGAUUGCCGACUGGUUUUGACGUUCCACUGGGAGUAUAAAUUAAAUUCAAUCCGAGGUAAUUCCAGUGCCUUUUGGUGAUUGGAUUAUGUGGGUGAGAAGGAAUAAGAUUUGAAUGUUAACAUGGUUCUAAAGUCGUGGGAUGUUGAUUGUAAUCUUGAUCCACAGUAAUCUCUCUGAUUCUGCAUAAUUAUCUCCUUAAUUGGCAGUUUUACUUGUACUAAUAUACGAGUGCUCGUUCAUGUUCACAUGUUAAAUUGCUUGCUCUUCACUUGUGUGUGAAUGUUUUGAUUUCAAACAUACAAUCAAAGCAGACAAUAAAUUAUGUA